CACGUUUAGGCCUUCCAUAUAUCCUAUCGUCGUACCUCGAUCCGUCUGACUUUCAACCCCCAACACCACAAUAAUGUCUAAUUCCUCGACCUUGGAUGCCAUCAAGCGCCCGGUCGAGGUCAAGAGACAUGCUGCCUGCGAUGAAUGCCGUAUGUAUACAGUUCUUGAUUUCGAAAUCUGCUACUGCAGUGCGUCGUCAUUGGCGCUCUUUCAUAUGUCUCCGAGGUGGGCGGUUCGUUGGCGGCUGCGAUUCGCAUUGACCAACGCCAUCCAGGGAUCUAGAGGCAAGAGCGGCAACGAGAGCCCAUGUACUAAGCCAUUUCGGUAUCUUUUGAUGGCAUCUAUCUAUCCUUAAUCAUUACUGCUUUGUCCGGAAUGUCGACUCACCGAAGUACAGGUACACGUAAGCUGAAAUGCUCCGGCACAACACCCAAGUGCGCACGAUGUGAGCGUGAGGGCGUACGAUGCGAGUACUCGCCGCAGAAACAAAUGGGCCGACCCAAGAAACGGCGACGAGCAGAUGAGUCGGAGCAGCAAGACACGCCGCCAGAUGAGGUAAGCCCGGAAACCCCGGCCGCGCCGGCCAUCACCAUGGACGACCUCGGAUUUGGCCACGGAGCCGGAUUCGACGAUUUCGACUUCGACAUGUUCAGCGGCAUGCUGCAGUGCGAUCAAGGCCAUCAGCAUCAGAUCAAUAUUGAUCCUGCCCUGAGCAACAACCAGAACGGGACAUAUCCGACGCCAUAUCUGGAAGCAUGGAACGGAUUUACAGCGUGCGAAUCCAUCCAACAAUGGCAACAACAUACAAACCAGCAAAACCUCCUAUACCCAAUCAUCCCCUCGCCCAACCCAACACCCGCAACCACCACAAGUACAACUACAACGAUAACUCCACACCCACCAGCCCCGGAUCAAUCCCCACAGCCCCCCGCCGCCAGCACAACCCCAAUCUGCUCUUGUCUCUCCUCAAUGUAUCUGACUCUCUCCACCCUCUCCACGCUUCCCACCCACUCCUUCCCUCAAAUCCUCUCCCCAAUCCGCUCCUCCCUCGCCGUCGCUUCCACCGUGCUCACAUGCCCGACCUGCCCCCUCGCAUCCGCAACCCUAAUCCAAAACAUCGGCGUCCUCCAAACCCUCCUCACAACCCUCGCAAACACCUUCUUCAGAGCCCUCGCCGCCAUCGACACCGAAGCAACCCGUCUCACAUCCGCCGGCGACACCCGCGCCUACCGCUUCAGUGAACACUCCUCCCCUGAUACUCCUGCCCCUGCUCCUGCUCCCGGAAUUCAUACCGCCCACGCCCCAAACACCGUCCAGAGCCAAGUCAAAGAGAACAACAGCACCAACGAAGAAGAUAGCCCAACACCAUCCUUCAGCCUCGAAUUCACCGGCGACGAAUGGCGCGCCCUAGCCCGCAAAGCCCUCCAAGCCGAAGCCGGCACGUGCAAAGGCCGGCCCCCAGAGCGCACGUUUGUCGGUGUUGUCGAGUCGAUGGUCGUGCGGCAGCGCCGGUGGCACGCGGAUCUGAAUGUGGGUCAGAUGUGUGAGCAUUUGUAUUUCAGGAAGAGGAAGAAGAAAGAUGGUGGAGAGGGAGUUGGGCAGGACAAGGAGGAUGAGGGGCAGGAGCGUGGGGGAGGGAACGGCGAGGGGAAGGUGGGGGAGGAUGGGUGUAGGAAGGGCAUGCCUGGCACGCGGGGCAGGAUUGAGGAGCAUGAUUGCGUGAGGCAGUUGCAGCGGAUUCGCAAGAUGGUUGAGUUGAUGGGGUUUGACGAGUGAGUGAGUGAGUGAGAUGUCUCUGGCUGAGGAAGCUGGAUCCAUAUAUACCGUGGAUAUAUGUAUUCUGCAUCUGCAUCUGCAUCUGCAUCUUCAUUCUCGAGAGAAUGGAAAGAGCCGCGAGCGUGCGGGCUAUACACAGAAGCACUUGUCCAGCUAAAACACUGCCCAGGUAUCCAUAUUAUCCUCAUCUCUAUAUCCAUCUCAAUGUCCAAUCGAAUUCCUAGACUGCCCCAUCAUCUACCUAAGACAGUCGAAACCACUAAGACACGCACGACUCUGUCCCGCAUGUGCUUAAAGGAAGCAAUGAACAGACUUCGGUGAUGUGUUAUAGUGUAUCAUAUAUAUAAAUCGAAAUGUAUAAAAU